UGUCUGCUUGAAAAUGUUGCGUGUCAGUAUGAGAAAUUUUACCUUUAUUGACAAAUUUAUUUUUUAGUACUCUAAUUUAAUGGCGCUCUAGAGAGCUUUUAUUUUUGAAAUAAUAAUAUUCUACUCUAUUUUCCUAUUGGAUUUAUUGUUUUUCUUUUCUAAGUAUUGAUUGACCUUCACGCUACGGAUUCUGACAGCCGUACCGUAUACAGCUGAGCGAACAUGCGACGAAGAGCUGGGGUUGGUGCUAUUCACAAGCAAAAGUUGGAACAAGAAAAGUAUCGCGAUAAAGGAACAGAGAUUCAAGAAAAUGCUCUUGAACAAAUGUCCAAACAGCUCGAUGUGUUUAGAUCUAAUUUAGAAGAAUUUGCUGCUAAGCACAAAAAUGAAAUACGGAAGAAUGUACAGUUUCGGAGACAAUUUCAGGAAAUGUGUGCAUCCAUUGGUGUGGACCCUCUUGCGUCAGGCAAAGGUUUUUGGUCCGUCCUAGGCAUUGGCGACUUCUAUUACGAGCUGAGUGUUCAAAUUGUUGAAGUCUGUAUAGCUACAAGUUACAAGAAUGGUGGUCUCAUAACAAUGGACGAGUUGCGGAAGAGAUUAAUUCAGGCUCGUGGUCGGAGUAAGCAGCAUCAGGAGAUAUCUGUUGAUGAUUUGCUGUGUGCUGCUAAGAAAUUGAGAAUUUUUGGCAAUGGAUUUACUGUGCUGCCAAUGGGGAAAGGUCAGUUCUUGGUGCAAUCUGUUCCUGGAGAACUCAACAUGGAUCACACAGCCAUCCUUCAAGCUGCUUCCGACAAUGAUGGGCAUAUCAGUUGUUUGGAUAUUCAAUCCAAUCUACAGUGGGAGGCCGACAGAGCACAGAGAGGUUUGAAUUACAUGCUGCGUGAAGGGCUGGCUUGGAUUGACAAUCAGAACCCGAAAGAGCAGACAUAUUGGUUCCCCAGCUUGUUUUCUGCAUGUGCUAACGCUCAGAACUGAACUCUGUGAUAUUUCAACACAUCUUGCAACUCUCAUCUUCUGUAAAAAUAAAAACGAUUUUUGUUGUGA